UAUUCACCGGUGAAUGGUGACUGCUUGAGCAAGACAAGCCCCUCUGUCCUCCCUCGGGUAAACAGUUACGGUACCACGGUGCUGCGUGGGACCACCAGCGUUACUGUCACAGCGGGUCAGCGUAUUGAAAGUCGUUGCUUUUAGAGAUGAGUUUGUUUUUUUUAACUGUUUACAGUAUGACCGAGAGAAUACUGUAGUAGACUCGGUUAACGAAGAAAUCAAUACACCACACAGCCGAAGAGAAAGGAGUUGCCUUUUGGGAUCAGUUUAUCAUCUCUAUAAUAUUGUUCAUUCCACAAUAGGAAGGAUGAAUACCAGCGAUGCCAAGGAAUACCUCACACGAAGAGAGAUCCCUCAGCUGUUUGAGAGCCUGCUGACUGGAUUAAUGUACUACAGACCCGAUGACCCAGUUGAGUAUAUGGAAAGCUGUCUGAAGAAGGUGAGGGACCUCGGAGGAACAGAGAAGGUGAGAUGGGACACAUUCGUCAGCCAGGAGAAAAAAUCAUUAGCUCCACUCAAUGGAGGACAAUCCAGGAGAUCUUUCUUCAGAAAUGUGUUGCCAGAUAGCUCUAAUUUUCCUUACCGGAGAUAUGAUCGGUUGCCUCCAAUCCAUCAGUUCUCUAUUGAGAGUGACUCCGACCUGUCUGAGACUGCCGAGCUGAUUGAGGAAUAUGAAGUGUUUGACCCAACGAGACCACGUCCCAAGAUAAUCCUUGUUAUUGGUGGGCCAGGCAGUGGCAAGGGGACCCAGAGCCUAAAGAUUGCAGAGCGCUAUGGGUUUGAAUAUAUUUCUGUCGGGGAACUUCUGAGAAACAAGAUGUUCCACAAUGCCACCAGCAACAGGAAAUGGAGCUUAAUUGCAAAAAUAAUUACAAACGGAGAAUUAGCACCACAGGAAACAACUAUUACAGAGAUAAAACAGAAACUGAUGCAGAUUCCUGAUGCCCCCGGGAUUAUUAUUGAUGGAUUUCCUAGAGAUGUUGCCCAAGCACUAUCUUUUGAAGACCAGAUCUGCACCCCGGAUCUGGUGGUGUUCCUGGCCUGUGUCAAUAACCGGCUGAAGGAGCGACUGGAGAGGAGGGCGGAGCAGCAGGGGAGGCCUGAUGACAACCCCAAAGCCACUGAACGCCGCCUGGCCAACUUCAAGCAAAACGCCAUCCCUCUGGUGAAGUACUUCCAGGAAAAGGGCCUGAUUGUCACGCUAGAUGCUGACAGAGAUGAAGAAGAAGUAUUCUAUGAUAUAAGCGUAACCGUUGACAACAAGCUGUUUCCCACCAAAGAACCUGUGGCAGGCCCCAGUGAGCUUGACCUGAGUUUGCUUGUAGAUUCUGCAGACAUGGGCUCAGACUUUGAAGAACAGGCUGAAGACCAGGCAACAAUAUAUGGAGAUUUUAACUUGGAAGAGGAACUGAAGAAAUUAAAGAUAAUCUUUGUGCUUGGUGGGCCUGGCUCUGGGAAAGGAACACAGUGUGAAAAGAUAGAGGAGAAGUACGGUUUCACUCACCUCUCCACCGGAGAUCUCCUCCGCAAUGAGCUGCUCUCAGACACGGAGAGGAGCAGAUUCAUCAAAGACGUCCUGGAGCGUGGAGAGCUUGUACCCAUGGAGAUGGUGCUGGAGCUGGUGAAAGAAGCCAUGGCUGCCAGUUUGGACGGCACGAAGGGGUUUCUGAUUGAUGGUUUCCCGCGAGAUGUGAGACAGGGAGAAGAAUUCGAACUGAAGAUAGCAGAGCCAAGCCUGGUGCUUUUCAUGGACUGUUCCACAGAGACAAUGACUAAGCGCCUGCAGCGGAGGUACCAAGCCAGCCCAAGCAGUGACAGCUGCAGGGACACCAUCCGCAAGAGGGUGGACACCUUCCGCCAAACUACAGGGACCGUCGUUACCCACUAUGAGAGCAGGAGACUGUCACACACGAUAGAUGCAGAAAAAACUCCUGCUGAAGUCUUCCUGCAGGUGUGCACAGCGAUAAAUUCUGUUUUCUGAGGCAGCCCAGGGAUCACGCCAUCCCUUCCAUGAACAGCGUUUUCAAGCCGCUCUGGGUUCACAUGCACCCCACAAGUCACAGCAGCUCUCCUCAACAUUCUAUCAGUAGAAGCCUGGGACAUCUUUUGGCAGUAAUGCAUGUUGAGUUCACAUCUUGGAAACUGUUGAUAAAUGUUCUAACAAUGACUACAAAAAAAAAAAAGUAUUACACCAUUGUGUUGCAAAAUUCAGAUUAGAAGUGUACCCUGAAUAUAGCUUGCACAUAUAUUCACCAUCCAACUCAAGCCUACUAAAAAAAAUUAAAAAGUCUCAUUGUAAAUAAUUAUACAGCCAAGUUUUUGUUUUUUUUUGAAAACUGAAUGUAAAUGGUGUGAAGUAGUAUUUUCCAUUGACAGGAAACAUAAUUACCAGGGAAAGGAGUGUAAGUGUUAGUAGAGAUCUAAAGUGAUUUUAACAAAUAUAUUCAGAAAGAUCCCUAAACAAGCUCACUUCGCUCACAUUGUUACUGACAAAAUCUACACUCGGUAUAGUCUUUAUACACUAUAAACUUAUACAAGUCAUACUCCUCUAAUAAAAGUAUUUAUAAUGGUUAUAUUAACAACACAAUUGCUAAUGUAGCACUUAUAGCAGUCAUGUUGAAAAGGGAACAGGAUUCCUUACUGAUUGAAAAAUACCAAAAAAAAAAAAAAAAGGUAGUGUUAAUCAACCUUUGGGUUGGUACUUCAUCUGUGCAAACGAGUUGCAUUGUUCAGAUUCCUUAGCGUAUUUAUUAACACACAGGCUUAUUUUCAAAUGCCUCCUAUGCUGUGGAAGACUGUUUUGGAGGGGGUACAUAGGUUAGUACUGUAAUCUUGUUCCUCACUUAAGUGUGUGCGAUCUGUACCAUCAUGUAAAGCUGACAGACCCUGCGUGUGCUCUCCUGUCUGAAGGAUGGCAUCUCUAACACAACCAGACUGCUGUGCCGGCUGAGUAUUCCCAGGGUUCCCUGGAUUCAGCAUGCAGCUCAUCAUUCUGAUAAGCAGAGAAAUCAAAUCUCCCUACCAAUGGCUAUGUAUCUUGAUCCCAAUUAUGUAAUUCUGCAUGCUCAUUAUACCUAGUUACUCUUCUAGAAAACAUACACCUUAUGUUUGCAUGUAGUACUUUGCAGAUUCACUGCUUAUCAGCCUGAAUGGAAACUAGUACGCAUUUCAUAUUCAUUGUUGCAGAUUUAAAAAUAAUAAAAAAAAUGUCUGCUCUUGAAGCACUCUUUAUUUGUUACAUCCAAACAUACCAGUACACUAGAAUUUUCUUCC